AUGGCAGACACCAAUCAUGAUAAUGCCUCUAGCAACAACAGACAAUGCCACCAAGACACCACAAAGUUGAUACUGAGAUUUGAUAUCUGGAAAGAAAAUGAGAAGUUAGAUAUGCAGCAAAAGAGAACACCAGAGACAACAGAAAGCAAAUUAAACAACGAAAUCUAUCCCAAAGGCGAUACCGCACUUAAUCGACUAGAAAGAAAAAUGAGCUGGUUAGAUAUGUAG